CCGCUGCAGGUAGAGGAAGUGUCGUGACGUCGCUGUUAACACGCAGGUCUCGGUCGCAUACGGUCUCCAAAAUGUCCUCGUCGCCUUUGCUGCUCCUCAGCCUGUGCGUGGCCCUGGGGGCUGCGGUGGAGAUCCAGCGGCCACGAGGGGUCCCGCUGUCCAAGCGGCAGUUCUACCCGGAGGACAAGCCCUUCACGUGUCUGGAUGGGUCCCGCACCGUUCCCUUCGACCGCGUCAACGAUGACUACUGCGACUGUACGGACGGCUCGGAUGAGCCCGGGACGGCGGCCUGCCCCAAUGGCAGCUUCCACUGCACCAAUGCCGGCUUCAGACCCUCCUUCAUCCCCUCCUCUCGUAUCAACGACGGCGUCUGUGACUGCUGUUCACGCCAUGCGUCGUCUAUUCCAGGGAAAUCGAGCCCAUGGGUCUUGCGAGAGGAAAUGUGGACGAAGGCUUGCGUGUCCGCGCGCGUGCGUGUCCGUGUGUGUGAUACCGUUCUCCACGCCCACAGGGAACUGGGAAAAAAAGAGAGGGAGAGUCUACAGAAGAUGGCGGAGAUCACGAAGGAAGGCUUCCUCCUGAAACAGCAGCUCAUCGAAGAGGCCAAGAAAGGCCUGCAGGAGAAACAGAGAAAGCUGACGGAGGUGCAGGAGAGCAAGAAAACGCUGGAGGAGAAGGUGGAGGCUCUGAGGACCGUUAAGGAGACCGCAGAGAAGCCAGAGAAAGAGGCUAAAGAGCGCCACCUGAAGGCAUGGGAAGAGCAAAAAGCCAUCCUGCGUCUGGAGAAGGACAAGGCCAAGAUGGCCGAAGCUUUUCUGGAACUGGAUGACAACGCGGAUGGCUUUGUGUCUGUUGAAGAGUUACAGUCUCAUCCUGAACUGGACACAGAUGGUGACGGUACUCUGAGUGAAACUGAGACGCAGGGGUUGCUGGGAGGAGCUGACAGAGUAGACACCACAGCAUUCCAGACCAUAUGGAGCAGCUUGAAGGAUAAAUAUCAGUCAGAAUCGCAGCCCGAGGCUCCGCCUCCAGUAGAGACGCCCCCCGAGGAGCCGCUGGACGCCGGGGCUGACAGUGACGCGGAGCGAUACCCUGAGGAAGACCUCGGGGACGACGCAGAAGACGACGACGACGACGACGAGGAGGAUGAUCAUGAAGAUGACGACGACAAGGCGCAGCCUCCUGCUCGCACAGAGCAGAAGGGAGCAGAAGAGGAAGGAGCCAUGCCGCCAUAUGAUGAGGAGACCCAGGCUCUGAUUACAGCUGCUCAGAAAGCUCGAGAUGAGUUUGAAGAGGCUGAGAGAUCGCUUCGUGAAAUGGACGAUCAGAUCAAGUCUCUGGAUAAAGAGAUCUCCUUUGACUUCGGUCCCAGUGCUGAGUUUGCUUACCUCUACAGCCAGUGCUAUGAGUUGACCACCAGCGAGUACAUCUACAGGCUCUGUCCUUUCAACCGCGUCUCUCAGAAGCCCAAGUUUGGCGGAUCGGAGACUAACCUGGGAUCCUGGGGCUCGUGGGCGGGGCCUGAGGAUAAUAAAUAUUUGGUUAUGAAAUAUGAACAUGGAAUGGGGUGCUGGCAGGGGCCCAACAGGUCAACCACUGUGAAGCUGACCUGUGGCAAGGACAGUACUGUGGUCUCCACCUCCGAGCCCAGUCGCUGUGAGUACCAGAUGGAGUUCACCACACCUGCCGUCUGUCAGGAGCCCCCCCACCUGGACGGCCCACCCCACGACGAGUUCUAGAGCCUCUCUAUAGCUCACUGCACUGGGACCACCCCCCAGGGACCCACCCCCUCCCCGGGCCUCCCUCACCCGCCCCGCCCCCUUCAACCUACAGCAGGGACAGCCCUGUGUCCAAACCAUCGUUACUGACUGUCUUCACUGCAAGGGGCUCACGCACAUUCCUCUCCAUGGUAACGAGGCCUGUUUCCUGUCAUGUGCUCACUGAAUAAAGAUUGGUGUUUUCACCCCGUU